GCGGCGUCGAGGGACAGGCCCAGGUGAGGCUCCAGAUCCGGACCAUCGCGGCUCAGUCCCGUCCGGAGCGGAGGAGGAGGCAGACGGAGCCCCAGAGACCCCCCCGCAGCCUAGAUGGAGAAGAAGGACCCAGAGCAGCCGCUCGACCACAGAGAUACAGACUGUGCGCACAAGACCAUCACAACCCGGCAUGCUUUGGUGCGCUUUGGCAUCCCUGUGGCCGUAGCCGUCUUCGGCCUCGCUGCCCUCCUGGCGCUCAGCUUCCUCAUCAAGGCGACCCUGGGGUCCUACUACUUCUUCUGCAACCAGACCGUCCGCUUCAUACCCCUGGCCCUCCUGUGCGACGGGCAGGCCGACUGCGCCUGGGGGGAGGACGAGAGGGGCUGCGUGGAGCCUGUGCCGGAGGGGAGACCCCCGGGAGUGCGCCUCGCCCAGGAGCGGUCCGGCCUUCAGGUGCGGAGCCAGGAGAGCGGGGCCUGGGCCUGGGCCUGCCGCCAGGGCUUUGAUGCAACCAUGGCCCAGGCCGCCUGCGCCCAGAUGGGAUACAGCAGCAUCCCUUCCUUCGGUGCCGUGGCCGUAAGGGAUGACCGCGAGGUGCCCCUCCGGGAUAUGGCCCUGCAAGACGGGGAACUGCGCUGGAGCGACUCCGGAAGGGGCUGCCCCUCUGGCCUGGCGGUUGCUCUCACCUGCUCCAGUUGUGGCCUGGCUCCGGGGGUGCCGCGCGUGGUGGGCGGGUCCCCCGCUUCAAUCCGGACGUGGCCCUGGCAAGGCAGCCUGCAGCACAAGGGGCAUCACGUCUGCGGAGGGAGCUUCAUUGCGCCCCGCUGGGUCCUGACGGCGGCACACUGCUUCAGGAACCACCCUGUGACGGAGGAGUGGCGGGUGAAGGGGGGCUCUGAGACCCUCCUCAAGGCCACAGCGGUCCCCGUGGAGAGGAUCUUUGUCAUGGAGGCCCAGGACUCGCUCCCCAAAGACAAGGACAUCGCCCUGGUCAAGCUGCAAAGGCCCCUGAGUGGCCCAGAGCCAGUGGUGCCUAUUUGCCUGCCCUUCUUUGACGAAGAAGUCGCACCUGGGACCUCCUUGUGGGUCACCGGCUGGGGCUUCACCAAGCAGGGCGGCAAGCUUUCCAAGGGGCUGCAGCAGGCACAAGUGGAGCUGAUGGACAGGGAGGCCUGCAACAGAAUGGAGGGCUACCAGGGGGAGGUGACCGACCGGAUGCUCUGCGCAGGUCACCCAGAGGGCAAGGCGGACACCUGCCAGGGAGACAGCGGAGGGCCCCUGAUGCGCGAGUGGCGAGGGCAGUGGCACCUCCUGGGGGUGGUCAGCUGGGGCCGAGGCUGCGGCAGCCCCGGUGCCCCCGGCGUCUACACCAAGGUGCAGGCCUACCUUGGCUGGAUCCACGCCAUCCUCGGGGCUGAAUCCUGAACGCCGUCCUGGCACAGCCACCCGGCAGCCCCAUGCUUCCCAAGGAGACAAAACAGGACAGAACACUCAAUUCCACUGGGACUCUCCCUCCCGAGUGCGCAGCCCACGGUGCCAGCUGUGCCCUGUUUCUUUCCUGGACCCUUAGCCAAGCCUGGGCCCAUUUGCGAGACAAGUGGCUCCAUCGGACGAAGGCAUGUCAGGAUGGCCCAGGAUAAUACAAGAGCUCUCUGCCGGCCACUGGCCGUGGCUUCCCUGCUCCUGCCCAUCCCACUCCCACUGAAGACUCACAUCCGCAGCCUGGUGGUCCUCCUGGAUUCAACGCUGACGCUUGAAGUUCAGGUGUCGGUGUUAAAAUUUGUGCGCCAGCUACAACCGUACCUCAAGAAACCUGACUCGGCCACAGUGGUCCACGCCUUAGUUACAUCCAGACUGGAUUACUGCAGCACACUCUACGUGGGGCUGCCUUUGAAGGUUGCCCGGAAACUGCAACUUGUGCAAAACCUGGUUGCUAACCGGAGCUAGUUAUAGAGAGUGCACGAUGCACCUAUUAAAGCAGCUCUACUGGCUGCUGAUAAGUUUCUGGUCCCAAUUUCAAGCAUAGGUGAUGACCUACAAAGCCCUAUACCAGGGGUCCCCAAAUUAAGGCCCAUGUGGCCCAUUGAAGCCAUUUAUACGGCCCCCGUGGUGGUGGCUCCCUCCUCCACCCGCGCCUUCCAAAGCUUUGCUUGUUUAUAAUGGUAUUUUAAUUAUUAUUUAAUUAAUAAUUAAUUAUUAAGGGGCGCUUUGCUAAUGCUUUUGGUGCACAAAGGCAGAAGGGGGUUGGACUAAAUGGCCCAAGGGGUCUCUUCCAACCCUCUUUAUUAUUAUUAUUAUUAUUAUUAUUAUUAUUAUUAUUGACACAAAAACAUAGUAUAACACAGCAAACGAGAUAUAGAUGUUGGAUUUUGUAUCACAAAAUCACAAGUUGAACACUUCCCAAGUGUUUAGGGUUGUGUGAUUUAUUAUUAUUAUUAUUAUUAUUAUUAUUAUUAUUAUUAUUAUUAUUAUUAUUAUUAACAACAUUGAGGCUGGGUGGCCAUCUGUCAGGGAUGCUCUGCUUGUGCUUUUGGUGCAAAAAGGCAGAAGGGGUUGGACUAAAUGGCCAAGGGGUUUCUUCCAACCCUCUUUAUUAUUAUUAUUAUUAUUAUUGACACAAAAACACAGUAUAACACAGCAAACGAGAUAUAGAUGUUGGAUUUUGUAUCACAAAAUCACAAGUUGAACACUUCCCAAGUGUUUAGGGUUGUGUGAUUUAUUAUUAUUAUUAUUAUUAUUAUUAUUAUUAUUAUUAUUAUUAUUAUUAUUAUUAUUAACAACAUUGAGGCUGGGUGGCCAUCUGUCAGGGGUGCUCUGCUUGUGCUUUUGGUGCAAAAAGGCAGAAGGGGUUGGACUAAAUGGCCCAAGGGGUCUCUUCCAAUCCUCUUUAUUAUUUUUAUGAUGAUGAUGAUGAUGAUGAUUAACAUUGAGGCUGUAUUUGUUCCCAUGUUGUGGCCUCCCAGCUCUGGAAUUCCCUCCCCAGGGAGAUUAGGCCAGCCCCCACUUGGUCCACCUUCCGCAGGUAGGUGUGCAUUUGAAUGACAGUUAGUCUCCAAUUUACUGAUAAGAUUAUAUUCAGCACUUAAGUCCCUGGUGGCGCAGCGUAUUAAAGCACAGAGCUGCUGAACUUGCAGACCAAAAGGUCACAGGUUCGAAUCCAGGGAGCGAAGUGAGCGCCUGGUGUUAGCCCCAGCUUCUGCCAACCUAACAGUUUGAAAACAUGCACAUGUGAGUAGAUGAAUAGGUACUGCUCAGGCGGGAAGCUAACAGCGCUCCAUGCAGUCAUGCCAGUAGCCACACGACCUAGGAGGUGUCUACGGACAACGGCGGCUCUUUGGCUUAGAAAUGGAGAUGAGCACCAAUCCCCAGAGUCAGUCAUGACUAGGCUUAAUAUCAGGGGAAAACCUUUACCUUUAUUAUAAUAUAUUAUAAUUUUGUACAAGUCCUCUCUAGUCUGAGCAUGUCCACCAUAUUCCUGAUUAUUUUUACAUUAUUUUUAUACCCUGCUGUUUUUAAUAUAUGUUACUAUAUGUUAUUAUGUUUUAAACUGUAUUUUAGCUGGUAAAUUUUGUUGCAUGCUCUGGGCUCGGUCCCGCUUGAGAUGGUGGCGGGGUAUAAGAACAAGGUUAUUCAUAUUGUU